AUGUCUAUAACAGAAAAUGAGGUGCUCAUUGAAGGGAAGCCAUCAAUUUCAAUCGAUGAUAUUGUCGGAGUUCGAAUCGAGCACGCACAUCUAUUGAAGAAGGAGCUGAACAAUCGUGUGCUGGUACUGAUCAAUCCAUUCAGUGGACAACAACAAGCCGAGAAACUGUGGGCAAUACAUGGAGCGAAAGUGUUACAAGCUGCCUCACUACAAUCUGAUAUCAUUCGCACAGAAUAUCGACAACAUGCGACGGAAAUCAUGCUCGAUCUGGACAUCGAUCGGUAUGACGCGGUUUUAGUGAUGAGUGGGGAUGGACUGGUGACUGAGAUUAUCUGUGGUCUACUUAUGAGAAAAGACCGUGAACGAGCACUCAAAUUUCCGAUCUGCCACAUCCCUGGCGGAACCAGCAACGCUUUAGCUGCCGCAAUCUGCUACACCUGCAAUGAGCCGUUUUCUCCUCGAAAUCUCUUCAUACUCGAAUGUUGUCUUAUGGCAACUCGUCCUCGCUACCUUCCCCUCAGGUUGUAUGUUGUCGAAACACAGUACGAUGGCACAAGGUCGAUGUUCAUGAGCGCCACCUGGGGACUCAUUGCUGAUAUCGACUUGGGCAGCGAACGGUUCCGAUGGGCUGGCAUGAUUCGACUCCACAUAGAGGCCAUUCUCCGAAUAUUACAACUUGAUAAAGUUGCCACGUACAGGGCGCGUCUCUCCUACAUUCCCGUGAAUUGCAAGAGAACCUCCAGNAACACAAUGCUGAGAUUCAAUUGUGACAGGAAGCUGUUUGGUGAGGGGCAUUUCGAUUACAACGAUGUCGACCAAGCAACGGGAGAUGAACCUCACAGGAAUGCGAACUUUUCGUCAAUGGAGGAAGCGCUCGAGGGCACAUCUUUAGUGAAAAUUCCACCUCUUGAUCAUCCUUUGAACGAAACAUGGGAAACAGUCGAAGGGAACUGGGUGAUGGCCAAUGUCUCCACCCUCAGUCACUUAGGAUCUGAUAUUCCGUUCUUGCCAUCGGCUCGCUUAGACGNUUUAGUGAAAAUUUCACCUCUUGAUCAUCCUUUGGACGAAACAUGGGAAACAGUCGAAGGGAACUGGGUGAUGGCCAAUGUCUCCACUCUCAGUCACUUAGGAUCUGAUAUUCCGUUCUUGCCAUCGGCUCGCUUAGACGAGACAACCAUGUAUUUGACACUGAUUGACUGGAAUACUGUGAAGAGUCGGCUACACAUCGGGCACUUGUUCACGUUUAUGGAAGGCAGCAAGCACUUGGCUCAUCCAUGCAUGCAGGCGAUCAGAAUUGAACCACUGUCAGAGGAAGGACAUUUCGCAAUCGAUGGAGAGCCGUGCCGUUCAGGAUCUUCAUUCCAGGUACUAUUGAUAAAACCUUUUUUUGCGAGAUUUUGCAGCCGCACUAGCAUAAUAUUCUAG